AUGAAGUCUUUGCUCGACUCUAUCAAGGACGAGUUUGAGAAGAAUUCUCACUGGGUUCUUUCAAAGACAUCUAACAGGUUUUCUGCAAUCCCACUGGACCAAGCUCAUGAACAAGAGAACAAGAAUGUGAAAGGUUCAGGUGGUGCGGUUGGCCUCACAGAAAAUCCAACUGCCUUCAGAAGAUGGAUGCUCACAGGCCCAGAAAUGGCAAGAUUGAUAAAGGAAUUUGAAGAGGAAUAUCUCCAAGAUGACAAAGAGAGCUUCCAGCACCAUGAGCAGGGUCUUGGCACACAGAAGACAUUCCAGAGACAGGUCAACAGUCUGUCAGAUACCAUAAGGCGUAUGGGAAACCCUUUCCUGGAUGUCUUCGAGGAACUUGUGACUCUUGAUAGUCGCAACUGCGCAGAUAAAUUAGUCGCAAAUACCAUGCUCAUCCUGGAGGACACAGGGAAGAGACAAUAUCAGGAGUUUGUCAAGAAGGUGCUUGAUGAACGCACACAAUCUAUCCAUGAUCCGAUUAAAAGGAAUUCCUUGGCAGUCUUCAGACAACCUAGACGCAAGACAAUGUCUAAAGAUGGGAAAAAGAUUAAAGUGCUUCAGAACAACGUGGCACUCUUUGGCCAGCUAUAUGUAGCUAUGCAGAGCCGUGAGAGUAAUUUGGAUGAAUUCUUUACACAUGAGGUGCAGUCCUUCCCUCCAUCUCUCUCAGACUUUGGAAAACUUCAUCUGACAGGCACCAAAUCAGACCUGCUACAAUGUCUUGAGCAGCCAGCACAAUCAGAGCCACCCUCAACCUAUGACUUCAAAGUCCUAGAUGGGGCAGUAAUUGUCCACUGCCUGCCCACUAUUAGAGUGAGCACGUUUGAUGCUUAUGCAAAUGAGGUUUUCAUCCCCUACCUGCAGAAGCAGCUGCAGGAUGCAAAACGAUUGGAUGUUGUAUGGGACACGUACAUCCCUGACAGCUUGAAGGAGUCCACCCGAGAAAAAAGAGGACGUGGUGUUCGCAGGAAAGUGUCAGGCCCGACAAAGUUGCCAGGCAACUGGAUGGACUUUCUUCGCGACCCAAUCAACAAGAAGGAGUUGUUUGAUUUCUUGACAUCCAAGAUCCAAGAGUUCAGCUGGCCACCAACCAAAGCUGUGUAUGUCACAUCGGGGCAAGCGGUGUCAGGACAAGCUUUUGGUUCCACUAGCAUGAUGGACUGUUGCAACCAUGAGGAGGCAGACACAAGGAUAGUGGUCCAUCUACAAUGCGCAUUGAAGGAGGGAGCAAAGACAGUUCUUGUGCGAACUGUGGACACUGAUGUCAUCGUGAUCCUUGCUGGUUUAUUUUAUGAUUUGGUGGUGCUUCAACCAUUGACUGACAUCUGGGUGGCUUUUGGCAUGGGAAAAAGGUUCAGAUAUUACCACAUAAACCACAUCUGCAAAAGCCUGGGGGAACCCAAAUCACAAGGUCUGCUUAUGUUCCACGCAUAUUCAGGUUGUGACACAACAUCUGCAUUUAACGGAAAAGGCAAGAAGUCAGCUUGGAGGGCCUGGCAAGCCUAUGAUGCUGCUACAGAAACAUUUAUGUAUCUGGCAAAGCAUCCAUUCCAGGAACUAAAAGUUGACUCUGAGCAUUUCCAGACACUUGAGAGGCUGACUGUGAUCCUGUACAACAGAUCCAGUCCUUUGAACUCCAUCAGUCAAACAAGGAAGGAACUCUUCUGUCAAGACAGUCGGCCGAUGGAGAGAUUACCUCCCACGCAGGAUGCCCUACUCCAGCAUGUAAAACGGGCUGUGUUUCAGGCAGGAAUCUGGGCAACCAGCACAGACACACAGCAAGUGAUUCCUUCUCCAAAGGACUUUGGAUGGACCAAGGACGAAACAGGGUCAUGGGUUCCAGUUUGGAUAACCAUUCCCGAGGUCUCCAUUGCCUGCAGAGAGCUGAUAAAAUGCUCAUGUAAAGGUGACUGUUCCAGCUGUAAAUGCAGCAAUGCUAAUAUUGACUGUUCUCCACUUUGCAAAUGCAACUGCUGCAAAUAGACACCAGAUUACUUCAUAGUGUAGUAAGAAGAGUCAUCCAGGCCAUUGGUCCUCAGCCCCCAUGCUGAUCAUGUGCACCAGCUGACUUGCCCCUUUAAUUUAUUUUUGGCCUCAAUCAGAGUUCUAACAUUAUAAUUGCAUUAAAGGUUUUAUGGAUAAUACUUCAUGUGCUGGGUCUUGAAUCAUCAUCUGAAAAUGAUACUUUUUGCUAUUUCCGUCCAUAAUGAGGCCUUAUUUGAAAGCCAAAUGGUUCAUAAUGGAAUCAAAUAUUGGCAUUCUGGCUGUUCUGGGAUGUGAAGACACUACCUGUAGACACCCUGUGCAAGUAUGAUGUAAAAACUAGCAGCAGGAGGACACAUGACAAGAAUUAGUCCUUUUUUAGUAUAGGCGUUUUUUGCAGUUAUUGAUCAAAAUAACUUAUGUGCACUAUAAAGGUAUUUUCAAUAUUUAAGUUUGAGUACCCUUCUAAAAUCCUUCAGUAGGUCAUAAAGAAGGCCCAUAAAAAAUUUGGCGCUUUUAUCCGCU